AAAGGAGCGGGAGCGGCGGGUGAGGGAAGGAUGCAGCUACACUCCGGCUGGGGAAAUAAAUGGCCUGCGAACCCUGCUCUGCAUAAUAAUAGUAACAGCAGCUGACAGAGCUUGACAGCGCAGCAGGCUGCAGCCUCCUCACGGGAAUUGCGGGCUCCCCCCGCCUCAGGUGCGGGCUGCAGAUUCACAGCACCAAUUCGAGGUACAGCAUGCUGUUGUCUCCAGACUCAAGGGCAGGCUCUGCAGCACCAGCAGUUCCCACAUGGAGUUUCUGCAGUUCUGCUCACCGUGACCUUCUGGGCCACCAGGAAAACACAAUGAGGUGCUGCCGGCCUGGUGCGAUGAGCCGUCACUGCCCAGGACUCGCACCAGGCUUCCUGGGACACUGAGCUGCCGCUUGGGAUCCCGACCGCCUCUGAUUCCUCACUGUGCUGCUGGCAGGGUGGGACUGACGUGCAGUUUGGGGCACUGGGCAGAGCCAAGCCCGUCACCAUCCUCUGUGCCCUUGGCAGACUGGGGGACCAAGCUGGACCCUUCUCUCUAAAGGGGCUCCACGUGAGCAAGGGACCGGCUUGGGGCUGUCCAUAUUCACUCUGGUGGGAAGAGCCACCUCCUUCACCCUUUCCACCUGGGAACUGCGUCACUGCUGGGGAUGGUACCCCAUGGGUGCAGGGUGAGGCCAGCAGCCUGGCAGCAAGGCACUAGCUGAGCCUGAGCACAUCGCAGGGCAGAGCAGCCCCAGCACGGCCGCGCUGCAGGGAUGUAGGGGCCGGGCGCAGGAGGGUCCCGGCAGCGAUGGGCCGGCUGGACGACCAUGCCAAGAGGAGGAUCGUGGAGCUGCGCAGGGCUGGGCUGAGCUUCCGCAAGAUCAAGAAGGUGCUGGAGCUGGAUGACAUCCGGGUGACGCCACAGGCCGUGUACCUCUUCCUCAAGAGGAAGAGCGUGGAGCCAGGGUCAGUGGCAGCUGGCUGGGAUGGGGAGCAGCCCUGGCCUCCACUGCAGGGGCACGAGGCUGAGCCCCCCAGGCUGCUGGGCACCCGGCACCCUGCCCUGCCCACCGGGGAUCCUGUGGGCAGCCAGGCACCCCGCUCUGCUGGCAGCCAGGACACCAAGGAGAGCAUCCGCAUUGUUGGCGUGGCCUCACUCUGCGAGGACAGUGGGCGGCCUGGGGACACUCUGCCUGUGGGGCUGGCCCCUGGGAAUGGUGAUGAUAGCUCCACAGGCACAGCCCUGGCUCCAGGGACUGCUCUGGGGAGCCUGGCCCCCCUGCCCCAGCCACUGCCCAGCCGAGGGCAGCUGAUCACACCCCCCACCCAGAACUCAGCCCUGAUGGUGAAAAAGAAGAUUGUGGACAGAGCUAUCCUCUUGCAGAAAAAGGUCAAAGAUGUCAGCACUCAGACUGUCUUGCCAAAUCCCAUGGGUCCAGGAAAUAACAGCCUUGCUUGGGGAGGAGCAGUGCCCACCCCUGCUCCCAGCUCUCCAGCCAUGGCUGAGAAGCUGGACGCUGUGCAGAUGGAGGUGCAGAAGCUGAGGCAGGCCCUGCAGGCGGUGCUGGAGCGGCAGUGCCACCUGGAGCGCCAGCAGGAGCAGCAGCAGCGGCUGCAGCAGGAGGUGCUGAUGACGCUGCAGCAGCUCAGCUCCACCGUGAGCCACGGCGCCGUGCCAGCCACCCAGCCCUGCGGCCCCUUCGGCAGCAUGGGCGAGCCCUCACCCACCAUGCCAAACUUCAGCCAGUUCAAGAUGGAGCUGAUCUGAGCUCCUGCCAGGCCUGUGUGUGCCAGCAGUGUCGUGCUAAUGGCAGGAUGGAACCGGGAGGAAGAACCGUCUCUCAGAGGCUGCCCAAGGAUUGCAUGCAGCACCGAGCAGAUAAGGUGCCUAGUGCUCCGUCUUCCCAGCCAUGCUGCCUGGAAGGGGCUGUCUGGCACAGGAGGCUGGACAGUGGAAGCCUGAGGACUUGCUCCUCCUGUGCUGCUCAUCCUGGCUGGCACUGGAGCUGGCUGGGACCCAUGGACCUCAGCGGAAGACAGCUGCCUGCAAGGAAAAGAUGCAGCUGAGACAGACACAGCAGGAAUGUGGAACCUCAAGGAUACAGGUGGCUUCCUUCUCAUGAGGGUCAAUGCCAUGAUGAUCAAUCUUGCCCUCCCCUCCACAGAACCUUGUUCAGUAAAAAUCUGUCUAUGCCAAGGUUCA